AUGGAAGGGGAGUACGAUGUGAUCGUGCUGGGCACGGGCCUCAAGGAGUGCAUCCUCUCUGGCAUCAUGUCUGUGAACGGGAAGAAGGUGUUGCACUUGGAUCGGAACUCUUACUAUGGAGGGGAAAGCGCCUCCAUCACGCCGCUGGAAGACUUGUACAAACGGUUCGAGAUGAACGAGGGGCCUCCGGACAGCAUGGGCAGGGGCCGAGACUGGAACGUUGACUUGAUCCCCAAAUUCCUCCUGGCCAGUGGCCAGUUGAUGAGUAUGUUGAUGUACACAGAAGUGACCAAUUACCUAGAAUUUAAAGUGGUGGAAGGCAGCUUUGUCUACAAGGGGGGAGAGCUCUAUAGGGUGCCAUCCACGGAGGCUGAGGCCUUGGCCUCCAGCCUGGUCAGCAUGUUUGAGAAAAAUCAUUUUAGAAAGUUCCUGAGGUUUGUCACAGCCUUCCAUGAGGAUGAACCCAGCACCUUUGAGGGUAUUGACCUUGAGACCACAACCAUGAGAGAUUUGUAUAAGAAGUUUGACUUGGGCCAAGAUGUUAUCAACUUGGUUGGCCAUGUUCUGGCACUCCACCAGACUGAUGACUACUUGGACCAGCUCUGCCUCCAGACCAUCAAACGCAUCAAACUCUACAGCAGGUCCCUUGCCCAAUACGGGCAGAGCCCAUACCUGUACCCUCUGUAUGGCCUGGGAGAGCUGCCUCAGGGAUUUGCAAGAUGGAGCGCCAUCUAUGGUGGGAUAUACAUGCUGAACAAGCAUUUGGAUGACAUCAUCAUGGAGAAUGGAAAAGUGGUGGGGGUAAAGUCCGAGGGGAAGGUGGCUCAUUGCAAGCAGCUGAUCUGCGACCCCAGCUAUGUCCCUGACAGGGUGCAAAAGACGGGGCAGGUCAUCCGAGUCAUCUGUAUCCUCAGCCACCCCAUCGGGAACACGGAUAAUGUCAGCUCCUGCCAAAUCAUCAUUCCCCAGAAUCAGGUCAACAGGAAAUCAGAUAUCUAUGUGUGCAUGAUCUCCUAUGCCCAUAACGUGGCUGCCCAGGGAAAGUAUAUUGCUAUUGCCAGCACCACGGUGGAGACAGCAGAGCCUGAGAAGGAGAUGGAGCUAGCUCUGAGGCUGUUGGAACCUAUAGAUCAAAAGUUUGUGGCCAUCAGUGACUUGUAUGAGCCGACAGACAAUGGGUUGGAAAGCCAGGUAUUCUGUUCCCGUUCUUACGAUGCCAGCACUGACUUUGAGACAACCUGCGAUGAUAUCAAAGAUAUUUACAAGUGCAUGACUGGGACAGACUUCAGUCUUGAAAACUUGAAGCGCAGAGAGAACGAUGUCUUUGGAGGGGAUGGUCAGUGA